AUCCUCAUCAUUGGUGGUGGCAUCGCUGGUCCAGUUGCAGCCUACUGGCUGGCAAAAGCUGGCCACCGAGCAACUGUCAUCGAACGCGCCUCAUCUCUACUCAAGAGCGGACAAGGCAUCGAUAUCGAAGGACCAGCGCGCGAGAUUAUCGACCGGAUGGGCCUGCUCGAGCAAAUGAAAGCCAGAGCGACGGGCGAAGGCGGCUUCGCAUUCACGGACGAUGACGGUAAGCCGGUUGCUGCCAUCGCUGGAGGACUCACGCAAGAAAUCGAGAUUAUGCGAGGAGAUUUGUGCGAGGUCCUGUGUCGAGCGGUUGAUGCGUGUGAUCUGGUUGAGUUUCGAUAUGGAACCAAGGUGGUAGAGCUCACGCAAACGCCAACACAUGUCGCUGUCACCUUUGACAAUGGCGAGCACGCCACGUUUGAUGCUGUGAUCGGAGCAGAUGGCCUGCGAUCCAAGACUCGAGAUCUUGCUUUUGACGAGAAAACAAAGGCCAACGCAUUCAGAGCUCGCGAUCACUACUGCGCUUAUUUCUCCUUGCCACGCGAGGACGGCGAUAGUCCGAAUUCUCGCUGGCAAAACGCCACUGGAGGCAGAAUCAUAUUGAUCCGGCCCCAUAACCAAGAUGUAUCCUCGGCGUACUUGUCAGUCAUGGAAAAGUCGGAUAAGCUCGCAGCAAUGUGUCGUGCCGAUAAAGCCUCGCAGAAAAAGGCCAUUGCAGAGGAAUUUGAAGGUGUAGGAGGUCUGGGACCCAGAGCGGUGAAGGGUAUGCUGGAAAGCGACAACUUCUACUACGACUCACUCUCACAGAUCAAGCUGGAAAAAUGGUCGCAGGAUCGAGUGGCACUCAUUGGCGAUGCGGCUUAUGCACCUUCAGCGGUGACUGGACAAGGUGUCAUCCUAUCGGUCCUCGGAGCAUAUGUGAUCGCGGGAGAGCUUUCGGAAAAUCCCCAAGAUCCAGUUGCAGCCUUUGAAGCAUAUGAAGCCAGAAUCAGAACAUUUGUCGAUACCCAGCAGACGAUAUCCUUGAAUGGCAAUUCGCCAAGAUUGGCAAAUCCACGGAGUGAGUGGGGUAUAUGGGCUCUGAGGACGAGCUUCAAAAUGGUUGCGUGGUCUGGCAUAUGGAAG